GAGAUUGCGCGGAUUAUCAUCUAUACUGGUCGAGCUUCAAAGACUGUCUCUUCUUCUUCAUCAGUAGCUAGUUUGAAUUUGCUUACUGAGGAUUUCUAUGUUGUAGACUAGGGGCGGAGCUGAUACUCGAUGAAUCUUGUCCCAAGCGGCCGCCAAUUCUAUCCGGCAACAACUUUCUUAGACUCAUUCCACACCACAACCUUCAAGCACCAAUUUACAGUUCGCUUUCUAUUCUUGAGGUACGGUUCUUCCUUUUCUUCUCCUCCUCCGUUAAAGAAUCUAAUCGUUUGCUCAAGGCGUUAUGAGGCUAGCCCGAAUUCUGUCCCCGACAGACGCUCACCAGGAAAAAACAAUUUCAAUAGGAAUAGGAACUUCAGUGUUUCACCUGAAGAAGAAUCAUCAUCAUUUUCGCAAGAUACUCGUGGAAAGAAUUGGUUAGAUAAAUGGAGUACAGACAAAUCUAAUCGGCCUAGACCUCCUCGAGAAACGCUGAAUUAUCGUAGUCGUAACAAUGGAAAUGUUAAUGUUGGUGAAGGUGGUACUACAAUGGAGAGGAUUGUUGAGAAAUUAAGGAAAUUUGGGUAUAUAGAUGAUGUGAGGAAAGGGGAGGAGGAAAGAAGAGUGAUAGAGAAAGGGUCUAUUGAGGAUAUAUUUUAUGUUGAGGAUGGUAUGUUGCCUAAUUCUCGAGGUGGUUUUUCGGAGGACUCGCCUUUGGGGAUGGAACCGGGGUUUGGAAUUGAAAGUGUUAAGGAGGGUGUCAUGUUUCCAUGGGAGAAGCCAAUGAAUAAGGAAGAUGAAAACGCCAAUUCGAUUAGGCAAAAGAGUAGAACACAUUUAGCUGAAUUGACUCUUCCUGAGUCUGAAUUGAGGAGGCUGAAGAAUUUGACAUUGCGAAUAAAGAAUAAGAUGAGAAUCACAGGCGCAGGCGUCACUCAAGAAGUUGUAGACAAGAUCAAGGAUAAAUGGAAGUCUGAGGAGAUCGUGAGAUUGAAAAUCGAAGGUCCAUCCGCUCUUAACAUGAAGCGAAUGCACGAGAUAUUAGAGAGGAAAACUGGGGGCUUGGUAAUUUGGAGAUCUGGCGCCUCUGUAGCUUUGUAUAGAGGUGUGAGUUAUCAAUCACCUUCACCACGACAAUCCAAGUGGGAAAAUGACUCACCUUCACCGCGACAAUCCAAAUGGGAAAACGAUGUAAAGGAGAUAUCAAGAGUUUCACAUAAUGUGAGUGAUGUUUCUAUAGAGCCGAAAUCUGUCGUCAAUUCACAUGUUGAUCGAGUUGAAGAGAAAGAUAACUUGGAAUUGCCACAAAAGGUAGAAUAUGAAAAUGAAAUAGACGAACUGUUGGAGAGUUUAGGUCCUAGAUAUACGGAUUGGCCAGGGGAUGGGCCUUUACCAGUUGAUGCAGAUUUGCUUCCUGGUAUUGUUCCUAGCUAUAGACCUCCUUUUAGGGUUCUUCCUUAUGGGAUGAGGUCUACUCUAUCAGUUAAGGAAGCAACAGCUUUAAGAAGGCUUGCCAGAGUUCUCCCUCCUCAUUUCGCGUUAGGCAGAAGCAGACAGCAUCAGGGUCUUGCUCUUGCUAUGAUCAAGUUAUGGGAAAAUAGUUCAAUUGCAAAGGUUGCACUGAAACGUGGUGUUCAGUUAACUGUUAGCGAGAGAAUGGCUGAAGAUAUCAAGAGAUUGACAGGGAGUAUGCUUCUCUCCAGAAACAAAGAUUUCUUGGUGUUCUACAGGGGAAAGGACUUUUUAUCACCAGAGGUAGCAGAAGUAUUACUUGAAAAAGAAAGACUGGCGAUAUCCCUGCAAGACGAAGAGGAACAAGCACGGUUGAGAGCUUCUGCCUCAAUUACACACAUUGCUGACAAAAAGACCGAUAUUGGAACUACUGGAACACUUUCUGAAUCGGUGAAUGCCAAUGCCCGAUGGGGAAAAAAGCUUGAUGAAAAUUACGAGGUAAAGGUGAUGCAGGAAGCUGAAGUUUCAAGACAUACCAACCUCGUAAGGAAGUUGGAAUACAAGCUUUCCUUUGCUGAACGCAAGGUUCAAAAAGCUGAAAAGGCCUUAACCAAGGUAGAGCUGUCUCUAUUGCCAUCAGAACGGAAGGCAGAUCCAAAUAGCAUAACCGACGAAGAGAGGUUCAUGUUCCGCAAGCUUGGUUUAAGGAUGAAGGCCUUCUUGCUUCUAGGUAGGCGUGGAGUUUUUGACGGUACAGUGGAGAACAUGCACUUGCACUGGAAGUACCGUGAAUUGGUAAAGAUAAUUGUAAAAGCUAAGAACUUUGAACAAGCGAAAAACAUUUCCCUCUCUCUGGAAGCAGAAAGCGGUGGUGUUUUAGUAUCUGUUGACAAAAUCUCCAAAGGAUAUGGCAUUAUUGUUUUCCGAGGAAAGAAUUAUGAACGGCCUUCAUUAUUAAGGCCGAAGAAUCUAUUAACUAAGCGAAAGGCUCUGGCACGUUCAAUUGAGCUUCAAAGACGCGAGGCUCUCCUACAUCAUAUCUCAACCCUACAAGCAAGAGCUAACAAGAUUCGAUCAGAAAUUGGAGAAAUGGCUAAGGUGAGGGAGUUUGAUGAUGAAGAACUUUAUGACAAACUUGAUUCUGCUUAUCCUACUGAUGAUGAGGAGGACAGUGAGGUGGAAGGAGACGAUGAAGAUCAUCUUCAAACCUACGAAACUGAGGAUGAUGAUGAUGAUGAAACCAGUGCCUCGAGCCCCGUCAAUGAUAUUCAAUCUGAGGAUGAUGAUGAUGAAGAUGAAACCAGUGCCUCGAGCCCCGUCAAUGAUAUUCAAUCUGAGGAUGAUAGCAUUCAGUUCCAAACAAGUUUCCCGUAUAGAUUCAACAUUCGCGAAUCUGGAACAGAGCCAGAAGAAUACUUUAGCGAUGAUGAUGAUGAUGAUAACCAGCACAUCCAUGAAAAGCAAAUUGAAGAAAGGAUCUUUUAGAGUCAAGAACCACACUAGAAUGCUGAAAGGUUUUCAUUUUAGUCAUGGAUGAAAACUGUAUUGUGGUGGUUGGGCUAUAAAGCUUUAAUAUAUGUAUUGGCAGAUCUUUUGAUUUUUUUUUAUAUAGUUUUAAAUAGAAGGUAAUUAUU